AUGUCUGACGACGAGUUAUCAAUUGAUGCAAACAUAUUCGAAGAGCCGGAAGGUUUCUUGCCACCACCACCUGAAUCACAUUUCGCCACUUAUGACCGUAAAGUUGCCCUUGCCGAUCCAAAACAAAUCCGCAUGAAACUUGUUGGGAAAUCACCUUUAUGGGGCCACUUGUUAUGGAAUGCCGGUAUAUUCACAGCUGAUUACUUGGAUAAACAUGCUAGUGAACUUGUGCGGGGUAAAAGAAUUUUGGAAUUGGGUGCAGCCGCCGCUUUACCUUCGCUAGUUUGUGCCGUAAAUGGUGCUAAAGAAGUAAUAGCUACUGAUUACCCUGAUCCUGACUUGAUAAACCAUAUUGAAUAUAGCUUCAACGAUUUGAAACAAAAUGCUCCACAAAUAUCAAACUAUAAAGUGAAAGGAUACAUAUGGGGAAAUAACGUCAGGGAAUCGAUUUAUGGUGAUGACGAAGCUGAGGAUCUAAAAGAGGACGAGAAAUUUGAUUUAAUUAUACUAUCCGAUCUAAUUUUCAAUCAUACUGAACAUCACAAGUUACUAACUGCGUGUCGUCAAUCGCUCAAGUCUAAUGGGAAAUGUCUUGUUGUGUUUAGUCCACAUCGAGCCCAUUUACUCAAUGAAGAUUUGAAGUUUUUUGAUACUUGCAAAGAAUAUGAUUUUGAUGCUGAAAAGAUUGACAUGAUUAAUAUGACUCCAAUGUUUAUCGAAGAUGAAGAGACGGCUGAGGUGAGAUCUAGAGUAUAUUCAUACUUUUUGAUUCCACAAUGGUAG